UCAAAUACAAAUCAAUCUCAAAUCUAUAACCCAAAAUUUUCCUUCUCAUAAUUCAUCAUGUCAUUGUUACCUUCAACUUUAUCAUGUAUUUCUAGAAAGAAAUACGAUGUUUUCUUGAGUUUUAGAGGUGAAGAUACCCGCAAAAACUUCACAGAUCAUCUCUAUGAUGCUCUAAAUCGAAGUGGAAUUAUCACUUUCAGGGAUGAUCCAAAGAUGGAUGCCGGUGAAGAGAUCGGACCACAACUCUUCCGAGCCAUUCAACAAUCGUGGUGCUCUGUAAUUGUUUUUUCAGGAACCUAUGCCUUUUCAAGUUGGUGCUUAGAGGAGCUUGCUGAGAUUGUUAAACAAAAAAACGAGAAAGGACAUAAAGUGUUUCCAAUUUUCUACGACGUGAAUCCAUCUGAUUUAAGAAAACAGAGAGAAAAAGUUGAAGAAGCAUUUGCCAAACAUGCAGAGAGAUACAAGGAAGAUAAAGAAAAGAUUCUAAGGUGGCGAAAUGCUUUGACUCAAGUGGCUAACAUCAAAGGAUGGCAUUUAAAUAACAGGCUACGGAAGUGAUUGAAGGCAUGAUCAUUGACAAUAAAAGGAUAUCCAACAAGAUGCUCAAUUUGAAUGUUAAUGCUGUCUCGAAGAUGAAAAAAUUGAGAUUGCUCAAAGUCCUUUGCCUCUCAAAUUGUGAUGAACUCAAAUAUCUUCCUAAUGAGUUACGGCUCUUAGAUUGGAUGG